AUGUCCUCUCGUAGCCGAGGGUUAUGCGAAGACGCAUCCAAUUUCGCCAAGCAAGCUAUCGAACAAGAUACGGCUGGCCAUGUUGCUUCUGCAAUCUUUUAUUAUUCAGAAGCAGCUGAAGCACUGCUACAAGCCGCUUAUCUCGAUCCAACAAUGGCUGUCAGCACCAAUAGGAAAGCUUACGAAUAUUUAGAAAGAAUAGAAACAUUGCGUAGUGGCCAAGGUAAACCAUUCCAAUCGCUUGUUAGCGAUCUAGAAAAGGUUGAAUUUCUUAUGAAACAAGCACUAUUAGAAGAUGAACGUGAUAGAAGUGAUGAUGCAGAGCCUUUAUACAUGGAUGCUGCAGAGCUAUGCUUGAGAGUUAAAUCAACUUGUUCUGAUCCAACUGCGAUAAAAAAAUUGGCUCUUUUAGCUAAUCAAGCUGUCGAUCGAAAAUCAAGAAAAUCCACCAAUGAGUCAAACUCUCCUCUAAAGCAGUUAGGAAACACUGCAGCUCACUUAACAAAUAAAGUCAGCACUAGCAACCAAAUUGGCAGCUUUUCCUUUCCUACAGGUGCUCGUAUUACACCUAACGAAAACGCUGCUAGUGGCACAACUAAGAAAUUAGGAUCAAAAGAAAUUGACGUUCUAAAAAAAACUUCCUACAUCAAUAACAAGGUUUAUCCGCCAUGGCUAGAUGGGGAAGAACUACAUGAUCGAUUUGCUUAUCCGGUAACAUUUAUAGACAAAGAUGGAGCCCUUGCAUUAUCUCCAAAGCAAAAAGCGAAAUUUCGUAAAUGGGUUAGACCGUAUGAUCUCUCCCAAGAUCCUAAAAUCAUACACGUCAUCUCAAGUUUUAGUAUUCGACAGACAAUUGUAUCUGAUUGUUCCUUCGUAGCAUCACUUGCAGUUAGCGCUGCUUAUGAAAGAAAAUUUAGAAAACAAAUUAUAACUAGCUGUAUUUUCCCUCAAGAUAAACAAAAGAGGCCUAUCGUUAAUCCAUGUGGCAAAUACCUAGUCAGAUUAAACAUUAAUGGUAUACAGAGAAAGAUUGCCAUUGACGACACGUUACCUUUGGGUAAUGAUGGCCAAUUACUUUGUUCCUUUUCUCACAAUCGUGACGAGUUUUGGGUUAGCCUUAUGGAGAAGGCCUACAUGAAGGUUAUGGGUGGUUAUGACUUUCCUGGAUCAAAUUCAAAUAUUGAUUUACACGCAUUAACUGGAUGGAUACCUGAAAGAAUAGCAACGAAAAAUGAGGAGUCAUUUAAAGCUAAUUCAGUCUUUGCUCGUAUAAAAGAUGGGCUAGAGAGAGGUGAUGUCCUGGUAACUGUCGCUACCGGUGCAUUAUCAAAUACAGACACUGAAAGAACUGGCCUUGUAUCCUCCCAUGCGUAUGCGUUAUUAGACGCAAAACAAAUUAAGGAUAUCAAGCUUUUCCAGCUAAAAAAUCCAUGGAGUCAUCUACGUUGGAAGGGAAAGUAUUCAGAAACUGAUACUGUUAAUUGGACACCAGAGCUAAUUAAGGCCCUAAAUUAUGAUUUAGAUCGAGCAAAGACGUCUGAUAACGGAGUAUUUUGGAUAAAUUUAGAAAGUUUGUGCCACUUCUUUGAUGUAAUUUACUUAAGUUGGAAUCCGAAACUGUUUAAAUAUCGUUAUACUUUGCAUGAUGUAUGGCAUGCCGGUAAAGGUCCAGGAAAGGAUAGUUUUAAUCUUGGCGAUAAUCCUCAGUAUAAAUUAGAAGUUAUCGGUGGCACUGAAAAGCCUAUCGUAUGGGUGUUACUUACUAGGCAUAUAGUAGAUAAGGAAGACUUUGCUAAUAACCAAGAAUUUAUCACUAUUCAUGUAUAUAAGACUGAUGGAUCUAGAGUAUACUAUACAGACAAUCCAUUUAGUCAAGGGACAAAAAUUAAUAGCCCCCAUUAUCUAGCGAAGCUAGAUCUUCCAACAGGAUACAGCAGCUAUACUUUGGUUAUUUCUCAACACGAGAAGACUAAUACCAUUUACUAUACAUUGAAGGUAUACUCAUCCACAGAAUUUAGGAUUGGUGAGAUUGGCAAUCCAUAUAUCUGCCAGAAACGUAUUGUAGGUGAAUGGACUACUCAAACUGCUGGAGGAUGUUCAAAUCAUCCAACUUUUAAGCUAAAUCCUCGCUUUAAAAUUUCAUUUCCUACUCAUGUCAAUAAAAAAAAUCGCAUUUUAAUCCAGUUAAAGUUACCCAGAGAAUAUUAUGGUGGAUUUAAUGUUCAAUCAGAAGCGCCUGGUGAGCGUGGCUCAAUAUAUAAAAAAUCGUCAGGAGCUUACAGGAAAGGCUUUGUGGUUAGUGAAUUAACUGACGCACCAUCAGAUGGACCUUUACUAAUAAUUCCCUCCACUUUCGAUCCGGGAUGCUUAGGCAAAUUUAUUUUAAUAAUUUCGGCUGAUUGCCAAAUUAAUUUAUCGGAACAUAAAUGA